AAAAAUCCGGUGCGCAUGUUUAAGGUUAUCUGGUGGUCUGUGCCUGUGGGUUAAAUUACAUUAAAAUAAAUCGACUUUGUUGAAAACGAUGGCAAACCCAAUAAUGAGUUUAUAUAAACGCCGUGCACUUAGCUUGGUGUGCAGUGCAUUAAAAUCCAAUAAUCUAUUACCUAUUUCUGGUGUUCAAAAUGUUCGUACGUUAUACUCAAGGGCUACGCUGGGUUUAGAUGGUUUUGAGUUGCAACAGAACAAAACUAGAAACCAAAUGCUUAAUAUUGCUGAUAAAUUCAGAGAGAAGAUGAUUGAAUACUCCAAUGUGGAAUCUCAGAGUAUGGUUUUCACUGAGGAUUUAAAGAAUAUGAUUCAUUUAACUGAGAAUGAUGAUGAUGUAGAACUUGUAGUAAACAUGUUAAAAAAAUAUAAUUCACAGAAUAAACAGGUCAGGUUUGGAAAUUAUGUUUUUGGACCUGUUGUCAUGAGAAUGUUGUACUACUUUGGGAAGGAUCAAAUAGCUCUAGAAUUAUUUCAGAAUCCAGAAUUCACAGGAUUCUUUGAUCAAGUUAUAACAUAUCAAAUACUUAUGGAUAUGCUUUAUGAAAAAGCCAGAUAUCAGGAUAUUUUAAAUGUUUUUAAUGAGGUAAAGGAAAGACAAUUGGAAGGUGCAAAGUAUCCAAGAAAUGCUGUGGUAUUGGCUCUUGCAGCUUGUUACAAAUUGAAUUCAAAAGAGAGCUUGGAAUAUACAGUGAAACUUUGGAAAGAAUUGUCAGAAACUGGACAUCUCCCAAUGAGAAGAGCUACAACUUUUGCUGCAGGUUUAGCCCUGAACCAAGGAGAACCUGCCAUAGCACUGGAAAUUCUUGCUUCCUCCAGAAAUCAGAAUUAUAUGACUGUUAGAAGUUUAAAGGCUUCAGCACUUUCUGAUCUUGGCAGAGUUGAAGAUGCUAUUCCUAUUUUGAAAUCAAUCCUCACUGAUGAUACAUCCAAUCAAGUUCCAACCAUUAAUAAGGAUGUAAUUGAAAAAGUUAAAAGUGCAGUACUGAAAUUGGAUAGUCCAGACACAACAUUAGAAUUUAAUAGAAUUGAACAAAUUCUUAGCAAACAAGGAAGUAUAUGUGAUGAAUCUUUGGAUGCACAAUUGUGCAGUGAAAUCCAAAAACCUCCAAUGAUGAACAACAGAGAAAGGAACCAAGGAAAUUUGCAAUAUAGAAACCAAAGAAAUUUUAAACCCAAAGGUAGGAGUUUUACCUAUUCACAAAGGCCUGGAUUAACAGAUUUAGUCUAAAUAUUAUUUCAAUUUUGUAAAUAGACUAGCUUGUAGAUGUAAGACAUUUAUUUAUAUUGAAUAAAUGAUGUUAAAGGGA